AUGGAAACUAGCCUGAAAAAUGUAGAAGAGAAAGAGGGCGUUGGUCAGGAGAAUGAAGAUGACGAGCUGGCAAGUUCUAACUUAUAUGAAGAAUCGAUGGCGGAAAUUACUUUCAACGAAACAAGAGCCGAUGGUACUGGAGGACAUGAUUCUGACCCAUUCGAUCGAAGCGGAGAGUAUGAUGAAGAUGUCAAUUUAGAAGCUCCUCCACCAACUACUCCGGACAUUCCGGAAGUUUCUACAGAUGUUUUGAUUUCUCUACGAAAUCGUAUUAUUCAUUCAGAAGCCACAACUGAUGUUAGAAAUCCAUUCGAAGAUACUGAUCAGACUAAGACAGAUGAACCCAGCGUAACUUCCAAUCAUUAG